AUGUCCCACGAGCGCGCCUCUUCGUCCUCGUCUUCUUUCGCGGGCCUCGUUUCGUCUGAAUCGUCGUCUGAAUCGUCGUCGUCCGUAUCUGAGCAGCGGACGAAUUCCAUCCACAAAGCGCUCCUUCUCCCUCCGAAACAGACAUCGAUGGAAACGUCGUCAUCACCAAAACCACCACCAAAACCACCAGUGCAUAUGACUUCUUCGUUUGUGGACACUGUUACUGCGGAUGACGACGAUAUCGAGGAGGAUAUCGACGAAAGAAAAACGAGUAGAAAACAGAGGUAUUUCUCGGUGUUUUUGUUUACCACAACCUCGGCGUUCUUAUACGCGGACCAAAACUUACUCUCCCCGAACUUAUCCCAAGCGGCGGAGGAGUUCAACUUUUCGGACCGCGAAAAAGACGUGAAACUGGCCGGGUGGUUACAACUGGCAUUUUUCGUGGUCGGGUCGCCGGCGAGUUUAAUCAUCGGGUGGAUGUGCGAUAAGACGGAGAGCCGCGUGCGGUUGCUGUUUCUCACGACGUUGAUCGGCGAAGGGCCGUGUUUAGCCACGUAUUGGGUGACGAAGUAUUGGCAGUUGUUCAUGCUGAGAGCGAUGACAGGGAUCGCGGUGGGAGGGUGUUUACCUCUUUUGUUUUCCUUGUGCGGGGAUUUGUUCAGUCACAAGACGAGGGCGAAGGUGGCGUCGUUUUUGACCAUCGCGACGGGGGCCGGAAUCGCGUUCGGGCAAAUCAUGUCCGGCGCGGUCGGGCCGAAGUACGGGUGGAAGGUGCCGUUUGUCGUGAGCGCGGCGCCGGCGGUGUUUUUCGCGUUUUUGACGUGGAUGUUAGUCGAUGAGCCGGUGAGAGGUGGAAUGGAUGUCAAGGUGAACGGGAAUCAUUUUGGACAUCAAAAUCGGGCGGCUUCGAGAGGAGUAGGAGAAGAAAGCGAGGAAGGAGGAGUAGCGAUAGGAGGAGAGGAGAAAAAGAAGAAGAAGAAGCAGAAGAAGAGUAGCCGCAAGGAUAGUAGUAAAAGUAGUAGUAAAAGAGACGAAAACGAGGACGACAUCAUAUCGCAGCUCUCCGUCUCGGAUAUUGAAAUCUAUUCGGGUAAAAUGGACGUGCAAAAACUCAAAAGACAACUGCGAGUGAAAACGAACGUGUUGGUGUUCAUCCAAGGCGUAUUCGGGACAAUUCCGUGGGGCGUUUUGAACGCGUACUUUGUGGACUAUUUACACGCCAACCGGGGAUUAACAGUUGGUCAAGGUACCGCGGCGGUGACUUUAUUUGGUUUGGGUGGUGCUAUUGGCGUCAUCGGCGGUGGCGUUUGGGGGCAACGUUUGUACAACAGAAACAAAAGUUCCGUGGCGGUACUCAUGGGAUUGAGCACUAUGCUCGGUGCUUUACCUUCGUAUUAUUUCGUCAAUUCGACGUAUUUCGGUCCAUCCGAGUCUCUGUUAUACUUUUCAUGUUUUGUGACUGGGAUUUUGUGUUCCUUGACGCCACCGAACGUGAGAGCGGUGUUGAUGAACAUCAACCCGCCAGAAACUCGAGGCUCGGUGUUUGCGUGUUACUCCCAAGUGGACGACAUCGGAAAAGGUUUAGGCCCAGUAUUCAUAGCCGGUUUGAUUGUCGUUUUCAACGGACGACAAAUCGCGUUUAACGUAGCUUUUAGCAUGUGGUUUAUUUGCGGAUUAUUUUUGUUGAUGAUGAAAGGAACGAUUGAGAAGGACGCCGAGACGGCUUCGAGGCAAAUGGAAGCGGAAAUAGUACGAAGUCCGGCGAGAGAGAGAACUCAGAACGAAGAAGAUAAUAACGUUUAA